ACACAACAGCAGGGCAGGAGCGAGGUAGGGACAAUGCAUGUGAAAAAACCUCCUACAUGUUCCUGAGGAAAGAACUGCCAGUGCGUCUGGCUAACACCAUGAGAGAAAUCACUCUGUUGCCUCAUAACCUGCUAAAUCAGCCAUCCGUCCAACUGGUCCAGAGCUGGUACAGUCAGAGCUUUGAGGAGCUGUUAGACUAUGAGAACCGGAGUCCAGAAGAUCCACACACACUUAAUGAUUUCUUAGACAUCCUUUUGAGGAUUCGGAACAGACACAAUGAUGUGGUUCCCACUGUGGCCCAGGGAGUUAUUGAGUACAAGGAGAAGUUUGGCUUUGACCCUUUUAUUAGCAGCAAUGUGCAGUAUUUUCUGGAUCGUUUCUACACAAGCCGAAUCUCCUUUCGCAUGCUCAUCAACCAGCACACUCUCCUCUUCAGUGAUGACAUCAACCAUGCACAUCCCAAGCACAUUGGAGGCAUUGACCCAAACUGCAAUGUGGUUGGGGUAGUACAAGAUGCCUAUGAGACAGCAAAGAUGCUUUGUGAACAGUAUUACAUGAUGGCACCUGAACUAAUAAUACAGGAGAUUAAUGUGAAGAACUCCAACAGGCCCAUUCAGGUGGUCUACGUGCCAUCCCAUUUGUUCCACAUGCUCUUCGAGCUCUUUAAGAAUUCCAUGAGAGCUACAGUGGAGCUUCAUGAAAACAACACAGAAGGACUUCCCCCAGUAAAAGCACUUGUAACUCUGGGACAAGAAGAUCUCUCUAUUAAAAUAAGUGACUGGGGAGGGGGCGUACCUUUAAGAAAGAUUGACCGACUUUUUAACUAUAUGUACUCCACUGCACCUACACCAACACUAAAUGGGUCAGAAAACGCUGCACCACUGGCUGGUUUUGGCUACGGUUUGCCCAUCUCAAGACUAUAUGCACGUUACUUUCAAGGAGACCUUCUCCUCUACUCUAUGGAGGGUGUAGGAACUCAUGCUAUUAUCUAUCUAAAGGCUCUGUCCAGUGAGUCUUAUGAGCGUCUUCCAGUCUACAACCAGUCAGUGUGGAGACAUUAUCAAUUAGGGCCAGAGGCAGAUGACUGGAGCAACCCCAGCAGAGACCCUCAGGAUGCCUCCACAUUCAAAGCCAACACAUAGCAUAUGCUUAUCACAUGCUUAUCACUGAAUACUAUUUGACAUGUGUAGCUGCAAAGUCUUUAUAGGGCUACAAAUGCCUUUUACAGCAUGGUAACACCUAUUUGAGUAAGGUUCUGAGCUAGCAGCAUUUACUUGUUGAAAAUCAGUAUUUAUUAAGUCAACCAAAGGCUUUUCUGAAUGUUUGUAUUGUUGAAAUAUUGAGGAAUAACUCAACUCUGUAGAUUUGUAAAAGGUCAGAUGAUAAGGCUUGAAUGUACAAUAUGUUUACAGAAUUACACUUCUGUGUAAAUGCAGUUGCAAUUGCUGCUAGAGUCAUAAAAAUAAUUGCAUGUUAUUUAGUGACAGACGUUUUUGGAAAAAAGGACUAUCAUUCUCAGUAAAAAAUGACUAUAGAUUCAGAUUAGAUUUGUAAUUAAUUUGUUUUAAAUUAAGAGGGCUGCUCAUGUGAGAAGUCCCAGAAAAUUUCUCAUCACUAAGCAAGUCUAAUCAACAGCUAUAAAACAUGUUUGUUUGUAUAGAAUGUUAUAUCAGUUAUUGAAUGUUAGUUUACAUACCUUAUCCAACCGGAAUUUUAAAACAAAUACAUAAAAAGUGCAUUUGUUGUUUGUUUUUUUAGUUUAGGUAAAAUGUGUUUGCCUUUUUAUGAUUCGGAUGAAUAUAAAAAAGAAUUUGUUCACAUUUACAUUUACGGCAUUUAGAAGACGCUUUUAUCCAAAGCAACUUACAGUUGUGGCAGUAUACAAUCUAAGCAAUUGAGGGUUAAGGGCCUUGCUCAAGGGCCCAACAGUGGAAACCUGUCAGUGGUGGGGCUUGAACAGGCAACCUUUUGAUUAUUAGUCCAGUACUUUACCCACUAGGCUACAUCUGCCUUAUUUAUAAUUAAUUAAUGCAGAAGACAUACAUUUUACCUUUUCCAUGCAUAAAAGUGCCACAAUAAUGCUUGACAUUCAACUUUAUUUUUCAAUGAAUGUGCAGAUACACACAUUUAAUUUAAAUCUGAAAAAAUAAGAAAAUGCUUUUUAAAUGGGUCGAAACAAGAAUGCAUAUACAGUGUUUGUUAUGGGAAAUGAUUCUAAACCUAUUUUGUAAUAUAAAUAAAUAUUGUUAAAUAAAAUUACAGUUA